AUGGCCGACUCUCCCAGGGAGGGAGAGCUGGCCGGGUGUCCGGACUUCACCCGGCUGGCUGACAUGGCGUCUGACGCCGUAGGAGGAAAGAUUUUAUUUGCAACGGAUGACUUUUUUGCUCCGGCGGAAAACCUUAUAAAGAGUGACAGCCCAAGCUUCAAAGUACACGAAUACACUGAGUUUGGGAAGUGGAUGGAUGGAUGGGAGACCAGAAGGAAAAGGAUUCCAGGUCAUGACUGGUGCAUCAUCAAGCUGGGGAUACAAGGGAUUAUCCGAGGCUUCGAUGUGGACAUUUCUUACUUCAUGGGGGAUUAUGCUCCUCAAAUGUCAAUUCAAGCAGCAAACUUGGAAGAAGAUAAACAACCAGAAAUCCCACAGAGAGGAGUCAGGACAGGAGUGGCAGCCACACCGGAGGAGUUUGAGGCUGUUGCUGAGCUGAAGUCCAAUGACUGGAACUACCUGGUCCCUAUGACAGAGCUUAAACCAGGAAAGCCUGCUUCCAGCCACAAUUAUUUUCCUGUCAAUUCCCAGCAGAGAUGGAGUCACGUGAGACUCAACAUUUUCCCGGACGGUGGAAUUGCAUGUCUUAGAGUAUAUGGUACUGGACAGAAAGACUGGACUGCAGCUGACCCCAAAGAACCUUUUGACCUAGUGGCCAUCGCUCACGGGGGUGCCUGAGGAUUCAGCAAUGCACACUUUGGGCAUCCAAACAAUAUGAUAGGAGUUGGAAAGGCCAGGUCUGUGGCAGAUGGCUGGGAGACCGCGAGAAGGCUGGACAGGCCGCCAGCAUUAGAGAUCAAACCGGUGGUACAUUGUGAUAUGAAUGUGCCUUCCAGGUGGCAAACAUUUCACCGUACAUCCCGGCAUGUUAAUGUUUUCACAAAUGGAAGACUAUUUAUCCCACCUGUAAAAAUUAUCAUACCCAAAUUCAGUCUGAUGGAAUGGAAUAGUGUGCUGGCCAUGAUUGGGGAGAAAGUCUUCCCUCUAGGAGGCGUGCGAAAAUUAUUUACCAUGAAUGGGCAUCUCUUGGACAACUCAAAGGAUCUGCAAGACAACCACUUCUAUGUUGCCGCAGGACUGGAGACCUUCAAAUAUUUCCCUUACUGGAAAUCCUCCAAGGUGCCCAGUGAGGUCCAACAAAAGUAUGCAGACAUAGAGAAAUACUCACGAAGAAAGAAAAAAGAGGAUUCCAAAGGAAAAGAACCUCAUAAAUACGACAACAUUCCCCAUAAGGAACAGGAUUCUGUUUUUUAUGCCAAAGAGGGAAAGAAGAAAAUGCUAGUAGAACCUUUAAUGCAAAGCGGCGCAG